AUGGUCGGUCUUCGGCCCAGAACAACCCUCGCCCGUCCAGCUCGGUACGCCGAGAUCGACGAGCCCGUCAACAUCCGCCCUCGCUUCGCCCACCAAGACGUCCGAUUCAACCCCGAGCUCGGCGCGUCAGCGCCCUUCCCAUCCCUCGCGUGGAACGACCGCCGCCAGCACCCGAACGAUGCCCUCAUGCAUUUCUGCCGCGACGUGCGGGACAUCAUCAACCCUCGCAACUUCGGGCCCCCCGCUGCCAACGCUGCCGCCGCAUCGUCCGAUGACGAAUAUGAUGAUGAUGAUGAUGAUGGUGAUAGUGAUAGGGACUCGCCUCCCUGUCAGCCGAUAGAGCCCACCAUCCGCGACGCGGAGGAGUUCGUCAAGGACUUCAUCAACGGCGCCGCCGACGAUCUCCACACCCAGUACGCGAUCUGGAAGAAGGAAUACACCCAGAAGGCAGUCGCCGCGGUUCUGGGUGAGGGUGACGUGGAACUACAGCCGCCUCGUCACCAGGCUGCUGUCGUCUCGCUCGGUGAUCGGCGCAUGCAGGAUGGAAUGUUCGACAAUGUCGACUUUGGCUCUUCUGAUGAUGAGAGCGUUGACGCAUAUGAUGAGGCAGCACAUGCACUGGGUCUCUCCAACGCGGAGAUGACGCAUCUGAUCGAGCUCUACGGCAUCGAGGUCGGCAAAUAUUCCCGGUUCCAGGAGUACAUGGGCUGUGUCGCCCGAGGGGAGCCGUGCUACGCGACCGACCUGUCCAGCGUGAUCGGUGGGCCGCAGUACCUGACGGCUCGGAUUAUCGACAUUGAAAUCCGACAGGCCGUCCAGUUCGCCGCCUCGCGCGGCGUUGACCUGGGAUUCAAGGCCUUGAGGGGCUGGGAAUUCGAGCCGCCCUCUGGCUACAUCGGUUGCCAGCUCAUGGAUCCGGCUGCUGCAGGACGUCACCGCUACGAAGAUAGGACGACGGCCUUCGUUCCCGAAGCAGGACAGCUCGUCCAGGUUCAGAAUCAGCGCCUUGCACCUGCUGCCCGGGGAGAGCCCGCCUUUGCGCCCGCGCAGGCCAUCCGCUUUCUGCUCGAUGGCAACCCCAACGCCGGCGCCAGCACAGCUUCGAUCGAAAACCCGCUAGGCCUGCCCGAGCGGCCACGCAACAUCCACAUGGACGGUCUUGGAACCCUUACCGGCGGCGGCCAGCAUGUCAUGUACAACGACGGGCGUGGAGGCAGCAGCAACAUGACCGAAGAGCAGCCGGCACACGACCUGGGCAAGCCGCCCGCUGUCCAGAUUUCGGCAUCUACCAAUGGUCGGAGCCACAGCGUUGUCCCGGACGGCGAGAGAGAGGAUGCGGUGGACCUUAUACAGCUGCCCCCUUUAACCAAUACCCCCGGACCCGCUGGUACUCGGACACGACACGCAAGCCAUGCCCAGCAUCCCACCCCCUCAGCCAGCAGUGAGUACGGCUAUGAUGCCAUGGAGGUCGAGACCGUCCAGCUCAGCCAGCCACUUAACCAGGAUCAGGACCAGCACAUGGUUGAAGACGAGGAGGCAGCUCUUCAACCGCUGAAUGUCGAAGGAGAGAGCGAGCUUGCCUUUGGCCAGGCUCCGGGCCCUCAAAUGGGCCCAUCGCAGACGGAAUAUAUCUAUGAACCAUGUGGCGAGGGUCAUGAGAACCGCAAUGACCGCAACCAGGACAAGGAGAUCGGAGUCAAGGAGAGGCCGGGUGAUAUCGCCGCGGACACCAGUCAGCCAGCUCCUUCUCGACGGAAAAGAAAGGCUGACGACUCUCCUGAGGGCCAGUCUCCUCUCAAGAAACCGACGCGAGGCGAUUCGGUGGCUGAACCGGGAAGCGAUGCUGAACAGCCUGAGCCUGAGGCAGAGUGCGAUCCCAAGGGGGCAGAGGCGCAAGGAGCUGCAGCCAGCCCGGACGCAGACAGUAGCAGCCUUGACGAUCUCCCAUGGUGGAAGAUUAACCUCGCCAAAUCUAUCAAAGGCAUGAUGAAGAAGGGUGGCUGA